UCAAAGUCAAACCGAUCUCUAUUCUUCUCUUUUCCUUUCCUUCUCCGGCACCUCCAAACCAGUUCCUCCGGUCCUUCUCCACCUGGAUCUUUUCCUCCUCUCCGCGCCGUCCCGUCCCCCUUCUUCCCUCUCUCAGGCCCACCCCCCCUUUCUCUUGGGGGAGCAGAGGAGUCUCUCUGUCGCCCCCUCCCCUCCCCUCGCCGUCUCCACCAGCAGCCUUUGCGCUCGCUUGAACAGCAAAGCCGGGAAUGGGAUCCCGAGCGCCAGCGAGUCCCCUCUUGCGUGUGGAAACCUGAAGGCGCCCGCACGGCUGAAGGGGGCUUUCCUCAGCCCCAUGCGAAGGGGCAGGAGGACGAUGGCCCCGGGCACAGCGAGGGCACCCGAAAGAUGCUGUGAGUGACAUCAAGCCGUCAACCAAAUCAACAUCCCUGGACAUCUUCCUGUCCCUUGAGCCAGAGCUCUUUCUCAACCUUAAGACGAAACACUUACUUGUGGGAAAAGGUACCUUCUCCUUGCUCAUCCCAUGGAGAAGCGAAGAUGCAGCAUGAGAUUUGCAGAUAUCCUGAGGAGCCCAGACUUUCAGGCACAUGACCUGCAAGGAGCUAUCAGCACCCCUUAAGGACAGGGCAGCAGAAAGCAGCCCCUGUAAAGAUAAAGGAUCCCCACUCUUCCCAGGUUGGCUUGCAUCAGGGACUAUCCAAGCAAGACCCCAACCUGGAAGGUCAUGAUUAAAACCCAGGAUCUGCUUGGCUGUGCUUGAAGGAAACAUUGAACCCACAGGUCCCCGCCGUGCAGGGAGUGAUGCUUGUUCUGUUCCAUGCCAUGGUCACCCCAUUGCUCUGUGUCAUCCGUGCCGCCCCCCUUCCUAGUGCCAGUGCCCAAACCAACACCACUGAUGUCUUCUGGGCCGAGACCCCCCUGAGAGACUGGGAUCUCUUCUCUCCACGGGUCACCCUUUCCAGCCAUGAGCCUGCAGAACCCCCCUUGCUUUUCCUAAUGGAGGACUCCAGCACCCAGCCAGUGCAGGCUGCGAACAUAACUCUCAAGUCCAAGCGGUCACUGGAUGGAUCUAUCCGCCGAGGAGAGAUGUCGGUGUGCGAUAGCGUCAACAUCUGGGUGACGGACAAGCGCACAGCCGUAGACAUCCGUGCCAAAACUGUGACAGUGCUCUCUGAGGUCCAGACGCUCACUGGCCCACUGAAGCAAUAUUUCUUUGAGACUAAGUGUAACCCAGCUGGGGGCACGGUGGGUGGCUGCCGGGGCGUAGACCGCCGCCACUGGAUCUCUGAGUGUAAGGCUAAACAGUCGUAUGUGAGGGCCCUCACUAUGGAUUCCGACAAGAUUGUAGCCUGGCGUUGGAUCCGGAUUGACACCUCCUGUGUCUGCACCCUGCUCACUCGCACCGGCCGGACGUAGGGAGGAAGAGGGGUGUGGUCCAUGUUUGUUGCUUUGGCUAUCCAAGACCUGCCCAGCCCACCUCCAUGGCACAGGAUAUACUCAGCCGUGGGGUGAUGUGAACCUUAGGCCCAAUAUGGCCUCUCUUUGGCCAAGGGGCGUGUGCAGUGUUUCCACUGGACAGAGAGAAGGGUAUGUGUGGUCUCUGCUGAUUGACAGGCACCUGGCUGCCAUGUCUAGCCCCACUUGUGCUCCAGCCAAGCCAGGGCUCCAAAUCAACAAAGCACAUAGCCAUGUCUACAAGCGGUGGCCAUUUGCUGACUGGGACAGACGAUAUUGCUGCACCUCCUUCACAGGGCAGAGAAGUGAACUUUAAGCACUGCUGGGAGGUCGUCAGGCAGCCUUUGGGGACUGGAGGACAGAAAUCUCCAUGCUGAAUGGGACAUGAAGGGGUCCCUAGUGGUCCAAAGUGAUUACCAGCCACAUUAUCAGGGCACUGGAGUCUUGGGGCUCCUGCUUUUGAGUCACUUGAGUCUGGCCUUCGCUGCCUGCACACAUCCCCCCAAAAGCCUUCUAUCUGCAGCCCUGCAAUGCCCGAUGGACCCCAGUGCUCCUCCCUCCGCGCAGUCAUCUCUAUCAAGGUUUUUCAGACCCUGGGGGAACCCUCUCCAUCUCAGCUGAUUUACCAAGGAUUCCCUGCGUGCAAGAAAAAAUGCCCCUAACCCAUGUUGUAGGGCGCAUUGCCUGUACAUGUGCGGCCACCAGCCCCAUCUGCUAGGCCUCACCACUGCUUUGUGCACACCAAAUGUGCAGCCUCACAUGCACCCUACUUUCUCUUUCAGCUGCCCAUUGGGGAGGGAAUUCCAUCAUUGCCAGAGGCUUGUCUGCCAUUUCUGAUAGAUUCAUUGAGGAGCCUCGGAUGAGCUUCUGAGGGAUACCUAGAGUUCUUUUGGAACACAGUUUUGGGGGGGAAACCUGGUGUGCUAGGUAUAAAUUUACUUCUGGAAUCCCCCCUCCUCUCCUCCCAUUCUUUUUCCUCUCUUCAUAUUUAUUACCUCCCUUCCCUCCAGCUAGAAUCUGUGUCUGACCUGAUCCUGUCAUUUUAAUUAUUAACUUAUUUAUGUACACUGCUCUUUGUGGGGGAUAAUUUCUAGGAAAGUGUGUGUGUAUGUGUGUGUGUGUUGUGUGUGUAGGCGACUGGGGUGGAUUAAAAAACAAAAGACAUGUCUGCUACUUGAUUUCCUGUGUCCUCAAUGUCUUACUUUCGGGCGGGGGGGGAGCAGCCUGUGGAAAGCAAGACUCAUGGAGAGAAAAAGUAGAUUGAAACCAUCGCUCACACUCCCAGCCUUCCUAGUACCUCUUCCAGGCUGCAUACACACCAUACAUUUAAAGCACAUUACUUCCCCCAAAGAACUCUGGGAAUUGUAGUUUGUUAAGGGUGAUGGGAAUUGUAGCUCUGUGAGUUAACUACAGUUCCCAGGAUACUUUGGGGGAAGUCAUGUGCUGUAAUUACAUGGUGUAUAUGCAACCUCACUCUCAACAAACUGCACUUUUUACCACACACACACUUUUGCAAACCAGAAAAACUCUUGUGGGCACCACAUACAUGCUGCACCUUUCCCCUCCCCAGCUGUAAGCCUUCUGAAAUGCUCCAUGCUGUGAUUAGGCUUGAAAAAAUCCUUCUCUGGGUUAAAGAUUACUUUCUAGCUUAAUUUCAGCUGGAGGGGGAGAAAUGGGGGGCAUGGGAAGGACUCUGCAGGUCCAUGUGUACUUGCUGGUGCCAGAUUAACGAUGCACGCAUAGGAUGUCAGUUGGUUAUGCUGCAUGAGCAAAUUGGUUCUACAGAGCAACAAGAGAAAUGCUAUUGAAAUAAUGGAACAUUUGCUGCUGUAAGGGAAUGGGUGACCUACUGCUUUUAAGGGGUUACAACAGCGCAAGGAUGAGAAUCUGUGGCCCUCCAGAUGUUGGACUGCAACUCCCAUCAUCUCUGACCACUGGCCAUGCUGGCUGGGAGUCCAACCACUGGCUAGGGCUGGUGGAGUAUGUUGUCCAACAACAUAUGAAGCACCACAGGUUCCUCAUUCUUGCAACAAUAGAUAUGCAUACCCCUGCAUAAAUGGACAUGCUUAUAUGUUUUACUGACUUGCUGAUUUAUUUCGUGUGUGUGUGUGUAAAAUGAUUCAAGCAUGGGGCAGUAGGAGAAUGCAUUAUCACUGGAGCCAUUAGGAGCACUAUCUUUCUCCUUUUCAACCACUACAUGAGUACUGUUGAUAUCCAUACAUUCUUUACCAUUUAUUUAUUUUAAAAAAAUAUAUACCUCUCUCAGCAUGAUAGUUGCUGUGGACAGGCAAAGUGUGCUCCUCAUCUAAGGAAGGACUGUUGCUCUGUGGUAAUGCAUCUGCCUUGCAUACAGAAGGCCCCACGUACAAUCCCUGGCAUCUCCAGGUAGGGUUGGGAGAGAGCCCUGUCUGAAAUCACUGGAGAGCUGCCGCCAAUCAGCGUAGACAAUACUGAGCUGGAUGGACCAAAGUUCCGAUUCAGUAUAAGGUAACUUCCUAUGUCCCUAUCCCCAGCACUAUCAUGGGCAGUAUCCAAUACAGGGGCAGCUAACCUAUGGCCCUCCAGAUGUUGGACUACAGCCAUAAUUCCUGACCAUUGGCCAUGCUGGC